CAAAGCUGUCGGCUUCAACAGCGUUUCUGUGAAUAUGGACGAUGCGGAUUUUAUAAAUUAUGAUACAGAUCGACUAAGGAUCGAGCUUGAGCAGGAGAAGCAAAUGAAGGAAAUGCUAGAACAGUCAGCUUCUGAACUGAGAAAUACUGUGGCUGACUUAGAAAAGAGAUUGAGCAAUGUUGAAGAUGAAGGUAAUGAAUGGAAAACAAGGUUUGAGACACAACAGGAGCUGAACAGGCAGCUGGAAAGGCAAAUCAACCUCCUGCAAGACAAGAUGGAAAGCAUUUGUGGUAAUCCUGCAGACAGAUUGUCUUCUAUACGUUCAUAUGAUGAGAUGCCUGUGGGUGCACUAAAACAGAUUCUUAAACAAUUAGAAAUGGACAAGAACAGUCUACAAAACCAGCUGAAGGACUAUACACUGAGAAUAGAGCAAGAGGCAAAGGCAUACCAUAAAACGAACGAUGAGCGCCGCACAUACCUUACAGAAAUAUCAAAGGCAUCGACAGGAACGGAUGCAACCAAAAAGCAGCAGGUGGCUCAGGCCCAAGGGACACAAGGACAUCAGAUGAUGAAAGGGAACUUCAACGUGGCAAACAAUAAGAGAGUUUUACAUCCCAAUAAAGGAGCGAUUAAGAAGACAGCUGCAGUGACACGACUUCCCAAGUUAAAGUGCUGAUUCAAGACAAACUGUUACCAUUGUUAAAUACUAUUACAGGAUCAUGGAUUAUGUGAUUUAAAUGAUGUUUUUUAAUAGUUGGUAAUUAUCCAAGUAUUCUUUGCUUAUAGAAUAUAUGUACGUGUAUAGAUAUAAAAACCUUUAUUUUACUAGGUAAGCACAUUGAGAUUAAAAUCUCUUUUCUGCAACCAAGCCAAGAAAGACAGCAGCAACACAAUAAAACACAGUACACAAACACAGAUAUAACAAUAAAAUACUUUAGAAUAUGCUAUAUACAAUUAGUUACAGGAUACCGCAUGCUAAAAUCUGUAUUGUGUGUGAUUUUUGUUAUAACACACCUAAAAUCUAUUUCUGCAAUUUUAACAGUGUAAUCAGAUUUUUAUAAACUAUAUAAACUUUUUUAAAUGUACGUUUUGUGAAAUUUUGAGUAAACAUGGAGUGAUUUUGUUACACGCUUUAUUUCACAUGAUUUUGUAGUUUGUCGGUUUGGAUUUUGUUUUGACCUUGCCACAAUUACAACUUGUGUUCCUAAACAUGUCAAAAUUAAACUGGGAUGAAAAUUGGUAUUAACGUUAUUCAUCACAAAGUACUGGUAGUGUCAGAUUAUGGGGAUUAUUACAGGUGUCUGUCUGUACUGUAGGUCACACUUACAUUUCUACAUGUAUCUUGAGGACCGCUUAUCAAAUUUUAAUGAAACACACAUUCCGUAGGAUGGAUUAUUGAGUAACACAACCUAGGGACAUAUGCAGCUGCACGUACAUCUGUAAGUAACCAAAAUGAGGAAUUAUCUCUGCAACCCAAAAUAUUGUUAUUUGGAAAUGUUAUACUAAUGCUUUGGUUGUUAGGAAGAACAGCAUGUUUUAUGUACAGUAUUAUGCAAAUUAGACACCCACCAUAUAUAUUUGGAUUCU